AUGGCCCCAGCUUCGCCCCGACUACAGUUUUAUGGCUCCAGCUUCGUCCCGGCUAUAGUUUUAUGGCCCCAGCUUCGCCCCGGCUACAGUUUUAUGGCCCCAGCUUCGACCCGACUACAGUUUUAUGGAUCCCAUCUUCGUCCCGGCUAUAGUUUUAUGGUCCCAGCUUCGCCCCGGCUACAGUUUUUAUAUCCCUAUCGUCACUUCAGCUACAGCUUUAUAGCUUCACCUUUGCAUAAGCUCCAGCCUAUAUUAGCUCCACAUUUGCAUAAGCUACAGCCUAUAUUAGAUCCACCUUUGCAUAAGCUCCAGCCUAUAUUAGCUCCACCUUUGCAUAAGCUCCAGCCUAUAUUAGCUCCACCUUUGCAUAAGCUCCAGCCUAUAUUAGCUUCACCUUUGCAUAAGCUCCAGCCUAUAUUAGCUCCACCUUUGCAUAAGCUCCAGCCUAUAUUAGCUCCACCUUUGCAUAAGCUCCAGCCUAUAUUAGCUCCACCUUUGCAUAAGCUCCAGCCUAUAUUAGCUCCACCUUUGCAUAAGCUCCAGCCUAUAUUAGCUUCACCUUUGCAUAAGCUCCAGCCUAUAUUAGCUCCACCUUUGCAUAAGCUCCAGCCUAUAUUAGCUCCACCUUUGCAUAAGCUCCAGCCUAUAUUAGCUCCACCUUUGCACAAGCUCCAGCCUAUAUUAGCACCGCCUUUGCAUAAGCUCCAGCCUAUAUUAGCUCCACCUUUGCAUAAGCUCCAGCCUAUAUUAGCUCCACCUUUGCAUAAGCUCCAGCCUAUAUUAGCUCCACCUUUGCAUAAGCUCCAGCCUAUAUUAGCUCCACCUUUGCAUAAGCUCCAGCCUAUAUUAGCUCCACAUUUGCAUAAACUCCAGUCUAUAUUAGCUCCACCUUUGCAUAAGCUCCAGCCUAUAUUAGCUCUACAUUUGCAUAAACUCCAGUCUAUAUUAGCUCCACCCCCUCCCCUACAUUUGAAAAAAAAAAGUUGUUUUCCCAUACAGAAGCCUUUUAAGGUUGUUUAUUCUCUUGGUAAAUAA